UGUCAACCGAGUCAACGAUACUGCUGCAGCUGCGAGAGAGGAAACCUACCUGUCCAGUCGUAAACAUCAGUAUUUCAGAGCGGGCAGCAGUACAGAUCGGAGGGCCUAACAAUGAUCGAAUGAGACCUUGAUCUCUUCUCUGUUGCCAGUGCAGCUUAACGCAGGCAAGAAAGGGGCAGCUAGCCGGAGUUUUCCGGGCGGCUUCAGCGGGGAGCGCUGCUGUUCUGCCGCCGCCGCCGCCGCCGCCGCCGCUACUACUACAAUGUUCGUACAAGAGGAGAAGAUCUUCGCGGGCAAAGUCCUGAAGGUCCAUAUCUGCACCAUGGAAGGCACAGAGUGGAUGGAGGAAGUCACGGAAGACACCACUAUAGAGAAACUCAAGGAGAAAUGCCUGAAGCAUUAUGUCCAUGGAAGUCUAGAAGAUCCGAAAACUCUUACACAUCACAAACUCAUCCAUGCAGCCACUGAGAGAAUUCUCACCGAAUCCAAAACAGUUGCCGAGGAAAAUCUUAAAAAUAAAGAUUGUUUGUUAUUGAUAAAGAAAAGGCCACCAAAAACGGCUGAUGUAUCUGCUGAAGAGAAGAAGAAGCAAGAGAACAAAGCUCCAGAUAAGGAUGCCAUCCUCAAAGCCACAGCAAAUCUGUCCACUCGGCACACCGACCAUAUGGUAACUCAGCACAACAUUAGAGAUUUUCAGACAGAACUGAGGAAGAUUCUGGUCUCACUAAUUGAGGUGGCUCAGAAGUUGCUAGCUUUUAAUCCAGAUGCUGUUGAGCUCUUCAAAAAGGCCAAUGCCAUGCUGGAUGAGGAUGAGGAGGACUGGGUGGAUGAAAUGGCUCUGCAACAGCUGACUGAGAUGGGUUUCUCUGACCGUCGUGCUGUGAAGGCUCUGCGCUUAAACCACAUGUCUGUUACCCAGGCUAUGGAAUGGUUGAUUGAGCAUGUAGAUGACCCCAUGGUUGACACACCUCUGCCUGGACAGGACACCCCAGGGGUGGCGGCUGCAUCUGCAUCUGCAGCCCCGGCCACAUCCCCAUCCCCAGGUCCCUCCGCCACAGCUUCAGGACUUCAUGCACGUCUUUCCAGCCAGUCCAGCACAGAGGAGGCCAAACAGGAUGAGCUGACAGAAAUCUUCAAAAGGAUCAGAAGGAAACGAGAGUUCAGGCCUGAUUCACGGGCAGUUAUUGCGCUGAUGGAGAUGGGCUUUGAUAAGAAGGAGGUGAUUGAUGCACUCCGUGUCAAUAAUAAUCAACAGGAUGCUGCUUGUGAAUGGCUGCUAGGUGACAGAAAGCCCACCCCUGAGGAUCUGGACAAAGGCAUUGAUAACAACAGUCCCCUGUUUCAGGCCAUCCUGGAAAACCCUGUGGUACAGCUUGGUCUCACGAAUCCCAAGACUCUCUUAGCGUUUGAGGACAUGCUGGAGAACCCGUUAAACAGCACGCAGUGGAUGAAUGACCCUGAGACGGGUCCUGUCAUGCUCCAGAUAUCCCGGAUCUUCCAGACACUCAACCGCACAUAAAGCACACCUCAUCACUGGAGUGGCACAAACCAUAGCAUAGGGAAAGAAGUCAAUCAUUUAUAAGAGAAGUGUGUGUGUUUGUGAGUGUGCUGUAUGACUAUGUUUUAAGUGGAAAAGUCACAGAAGAUGAUUGUAAAAAAAAAAAAUACGAUGAUGACAUUUUCACAUCAUAUUACACAGAGGAAAUGAUCUAUUUAUAACUCUACACAAUAGUAAAAAAUACCAUGUAAGCAGUAACUUAAUGCAAUAUUUCUAACUUCAUUAUUUCGUUUUUUGUUUUAAAAAGAUCUGCUUUUAAUUAUAUUAAACAUACUUCAUUUUAUAUCAUUUCUAAAAAAAGAAGAGAAAAUCAAAAACACUUUUCUAUGUUUCUUGUGCACAAGAAGGUCAAGUCACAACCAAAUUAUUUUAAACUUCAAAUGGUACCUUUUGUUAUAGUUGAAUAUUUCUAUUGGGAGAUAAAUCAUGUGUAUUCAGUAUUCAGUGUAUUUUUAUUAUCGGUUCAGAGACUAAACACGUAAUGUAUAGGACUAUUAGUUCCUUCCAAAAAAACAAAAACAUGAACGUACAUUGGGGGGAAAAGGAAGCACCAGCAAAUUUUGGCAACUCCUCACUUGAAGACCAUCAGAGAUUUGUGGAUUCAUUAACACUACAGGCAUUUCAACCAAUUUGCAGCCCCUUAUGGACAUGUAAUAAAUAUUGAAUCAUCACCUGAUCCCUUUGUUCCUCUUGCAUUCUUUAUUCUGCUGAUCUAUAAAUGGUUGAAUCUGUCUAAAUGGACUUUCAGUUUAGACUUCAUGAUCUGUACAGAAAGAACAAAGAAGGUAUAUGUGUGUACUGGACAAUUUGCUCUGUAGCUCCUGCAUCAGGGGUUUUCAAGUGAUGUAUUUAUUUCCUUUUUAUAUUCACUAUUGUGAUGCCUCUCUCACAUCGCUGCAUAUGUUUAAUGUGAAUCUUACUUUACAUGAUUACAGGUGGCUGGACCGAUCUUUUGUUUGUGAAAUUGAAAUCAAUUUGCAUUGUUUGCAGUGGAGAUGUUUUUAUGUGUGGAAAUCUUUCAUUUAUGUGAUCUCUUUGAAAUACUUUCUUCUUGGAUUUCGAAAUAAGAAAUAAGUAAUCUAACAAUUCAGUCAGAUUCAAGAUUAAAAACAUUAUUUCCAUGUUUCUGUUAUGCAUUAUUUAUUUUUUUUGCAUUUUGAUUUGUAUCUGAAGAAUAUAUUAUGGAAAUGCUGUCUACAAAACACCAGUUUUACAAUUAACAGAUUACGUUCACUUCGCUAUCAGAAUGGCUUUCAAUGUUUACUUAAAGGAUGAUGUUUAACACAUUGAGCAUUUGAAAUCAGACCUUCUCCUUUGUCUUGAAAACAAGUUAAAAAUGUGAACAUUUUUGAUCUUAUUUUUAAGGUUAAGAGAUGUUGAUUGACUAGUCAAUACAGAUUUCUAUGCAAUCCAAUCUUUUUUUCUGUUGGAUUAAGGGAAAGCUCUGAGCAGUAGAAGGUUCUUUGAUUACAGUAUUUAAAAAUGUUGCUUUUAAAAUGUAUGUUCAUUCAUUUACAUACAUAAUGCGUAGGUGAUUGAACAGUAUCAUUUUGCAACCUGAACUUUCAGUGUUGAUGUCAGUGUACUAAAAGACCUUUAAAUAAUCCUUUUGUUUUUGCUUUUCUUUUUACCCUCUUUUAAAGUAAAGAUCUUGAAAGUCUGGUGCAGUUACCAUUUAACUUGUGUCCUUGCUAAGUGUAAAAGCUCAAUUUCAGAGGCCCCCACUCUCGAGAGUUGACCUGUAACUUCCCAUUCCAAAUGUU